UCAUUUGCUUUUUCCUUUUUUUAUAAGUUUGAGCUAUAUCGAUUUCUGUAUUAUGAUUAUUAUUAUAAGGCUAUUAUGAGAGCCGCUUCACUGGAUGUUCUAUCGGUGGGUCGGACCCCCUCCUCUCUCCUUACAUCCCUGCAUCCCUCCCUUCCUCUCUCCCUCCCGGCAGUGCAUCCCCAUCCCCCACACGGUGGCCGUCUCUUCGGGUGAAAGCUGUCUUCCCUGCGCCACUGGUCCGACAAAACGCUGCUGUAGCAGAGCCAGUCAGUCCGCACCGACCUGAGGCAGAGCACACAACACGGGAGAGAGCACGUACGCACACGGGGAAUCAUUUUUUUGUUCGACCGAGUGGCUUUGAUUUGCAUAUCCACUUCCACUCCUUCCUCAUUUGCAUACAGCAAGAAUGGCGAGCGGGCAUCCCACAGACAAAUUCAGUUUCAUGUAUCAACCAGACACGCACAAGAGCAAGAACAGGUUAUCUUCAGCUAUGAAUCCAGUCUACAGCCCUGUUCAGCCUGGCACCCCAUAUGGAAACCCUAAGAACAUGGCCUUCACAGGGUAUCCAGGAGGGUAUCCUGCCACGGCUCCCACCUAUACACCCAACCUCUAUCAAACAGGCAGUCCUGGGUAUCCACCAGGAUAUACUUCAGCAGGCACCCCGUACAAAGUGCCCCCCACUCAGUCAAAUGGGGCGCCCCCUCCCUACACCCCGACUCCCACUCCAUACCCGACAGCCAUGUACCCCAUCCGCAGUGCCUACCCUCAGCAGAACAUAUACGCACAGGGGGCGUACUAUACCCAGCCAGUGUAUGCGGCUCAGCCACAUGUGAUCCAUCACACCACCGUGGUGCAGCCUAACAGCAUCCCCUCCACAGCCCUCUACCCUGCCCCUGUCCCUGUACCUGCCCCUCGCAACAACGGCAUGGCUGCCAUGGGGAUGGUAGCUGGGACAACCAUGGCCAUGAGUGCAGGGACCCUGCUGACAACGCCCCAGCACCCCCAGAUUGGAGGACACCCAGUUACUGUGCCAACCUACAGGCCCCAAGGGACACCUGGGUACAGCUACGUACCGCCUCACUGGUAGAGCCCACCCAUCAUAUCUGGAGUUCACCAUCGUAUGCAACUGCUCAAAUCUUACACGGGCUCCCACUGGUAACCAUGGGAACCCGGCACCUGUCUGCAAGAACAAAACUAAAGUGCAACAGCCACUUUACUAUUAUUGUUAUUGUUAGUAUGCGACAUUCUCUAACGUUUUUACAAAAGCUGCUUUUAUUUUUUUUUUUUUUUUUUUUUUUUUUUCUCUCUGUUCAUUUGCCAACCAGUCAUUACCUUAUUUUGUAUGGCUCUUUGAUUUUUAUUAUUUGAUUUCCUCAUUUUUCUCUUGAAGUGUCUGUCAUUGGAACUCCAGAAGGACUCUUGACCAAUCACGGGUGUCAGUUGCUCCUGUUUCUGUGUUGUGCUGGUGUAUGUGUGGUCCUUCCUGCUGCUGCUCAGUUGGCUGGAAAAUAUCGGGCACUUAUUCCUCAUCAUCAUCAUCUCCGUCAGUCACUACAAAGACUUACUGACUUAUGCUGCCAAAUUUCUUACAACUAGAUAUCAGCACAGGGUUUUAACAUAAUUAGCGUUUUAAUUUU